GGUAGUGCGGUGGUGAACCGACAGCGAUCGUGAACCACCAGCAGUGCGAUAGUACGAGCCGAGUGCAGUGCGUGGUGUGCCGGGCGUGAGCUGGUGCCAGCCCAGAGCCGGCGGCCGGCGCGGAGAUGGAGAGCGCGGCGGCCCCGGGCCCGCCGGCCGUUUGAAUUUCGACACACACACAUCACACAGGCGGCUGGCGGCGCGAGUUGGAGUGCUGUGUCCACUGGUGUGAGGUGUGAGGCUGUCUGUGGUCGGUUGUGGUGGUGGUGGGCCGGUGACUGGCCAUCGGACCUCGGUCCAGUGGCGCUGACCUGACCCCGGUCCAGUGGCAGUGGUGGAUCGCGGCCAGCCUGUAGUGAAGUGGUGAUUGACGAGUGGUGGCUGGCGGGCUGCCGCCAGUGGUCCUCUGACCUGACCCAGCCGGUGGACCGGAGAGGAGCCCCCAGGCGGCCGCCGUCAUGUACCCCAACUCGACCAACCCGAUGCUGAAGGGAUACGUCUCACACCAGGAGCGUGACCAGCUGCGGGAGCGACAGCGGGAGCGCGAGCGCCGCUCCCGCUGUCAGAUCGCUCAGGAGGCGGCGCGCGACUCAUUUCGGGAGCAGACGUUCGGCGCCACCUUCAGCCAGCCGAUCCGGGUGAAGCCCGAUGACCGCACCACCCAGAUCUCCAGCAUCCUGGGGCAGUUCGAGCAGGUGGCGCCCAUCGUGCGCUCGGAGCGCACGCGCAACAGCCUGGUGGGCGCGGACGUGAUGCCGUGCACGCCGGCGCCGCUGCACCACGACCACGACCACCUGUUCGAGCCGCCGCCGCCGCCGCCGCCGCCGCCGCGCCAGGAGCGGCGGCACGCUCCGGCCUUCCCCGCGCCGCCCCCGCCCCCGCCCCCGCCGCAGAGGGCGGCUAGAGCUGGCGGCUCGAGGGCCGAAAAGGGGCCCGUGCCUGGAGACCUGGAGACCAUCCUGCAGGAGAUGCGCGUGCCAGGCGUGGUCCCCAUCACUCCGCUCAAGACACAGCCGGAGCCUUUCCUCUUCCCGGCGGCCAAGGACCGCCCGCCGGUGACGCCUCUGCACAGACCUGGCCGGCCGCCGGUGACGCCUCUGCACCGACCGGAGCAGAGCGCUCCGCCCCUCGAUGUGCAUCUGACGGACCAGGAGCCGGUGGCGGCGCCCCCUCCGCCCUCGCAGCCCCCGCCGCCGCCUGACGCACCGAAACCUUCGCUGAGUGACGACCUGGAUGUCUCGGAUGACAGUGAGGACGAGACCGCAGUCAGGGAGGUGGCAGCGCGUCAGCCGCCGCGCCCGGCGUCCGAGCGCCGCAGCCGAAAGCCGUCGCCGUCGCCGGAGGCUCCGGCCGUCCUCCCCGACUCGAGCGGCUCGUCCACAGAGUCUGAGGAGUCGGGCGACUCGGCGGAGUCGGACUCUGAGUCGGCCGAGGAGCCGCCGCGGGCCCGCUCACCGUCCGCCAGCCACCGCUCAGGCAUGGAGAACAAGGAGGGCUCCGAGAGCCCCAGCACCAACGCCGGCAGCAAGUGGAGCCUGACGUCCAUCAUGAACGGCAGGGACGGCGCCGGCACGCCGCUGUCGUCCGUGUUCGGGAACGCCUCCGCGCGCAGCCUCAACAAGAUGUCGCCGCCCGAGUUCCCGAACAGCGUGGACCCUGCGGACCCUGGCAGCGUGGACCCUGCGGACCCUGGCAGCGUGGACCCUGCGGACCCGGGCAGCGCGGACCCUGUGGACCCGGCCGACACCGGCGUCUCCCUAGAAGACGUGGUCGCCCAGGUAAAGACUCGCUCGCUGCCGGUCGGGGACGCCGAGGACCCGGUGCCGAUGGAGAUGUCACAGACGCAGUCCUCCUCCUCCUCCGAGGCAGAGCAGAACGCGCCGGCCGCUGCGGGCCGACCGGCGGCCGGCGGCAGCCGACCCCGACCCCGACCGCGGCUGUCUGCGCGCAGCGAUAGUGAAGGCGAGAGGCCGCGGCGCUCGGGCGCGCCGGCCGGCCCGCCGCCGCGCGCCCGCUCCUCGGACUCGCCACCCAAGCUGGACAUCGGCGGGGACGGCGACUGGACCACCAGCGACGCCAACAAGAAGGCCACCGUCAACCGGCUCUUCAAAAAGCACCGCGUCAAAAAGCCGACGCCGCGCGGCCGUGGUGCGGCGUCCGGCGAGGGCGCGGCGUGCGGGCCGCUGCCGCAGCUCACCACACACAACGGCGUGCCGUCACUGCGCUGCUGCAUCGAGCGGUGGCUGGUGCCGGACGCCCGAGAGCGAGCCGAGGCACUGCUGAGGGACCGGCUGUCUGAGCCGCGCCGCGCCGAGCACGCUCACACAGACCAUCGUUCCCAUCACCCGCACGCCGCUCACGGCGGGUCCCACCAGUCCCAGCACUCUGCCCACGGCGGGUCCCACUCCCACCACUCUGCCCACGGCGGGUCCCACUCCCAGCACUCUGCCCACGGCGGGUCCCACUCCCAGCACUCUGCCCACGGCGGGUCCGACCGCGGCCACCCGGCCGGUCACGCCCGGUCCGAGGCGGCCACCGCCAGCGGCCCUGGCUCCAAUCACCCUCAGGGCGGCGGCCGGUCGGCUCGGGACGCCGACUCGGCCCAGCCGAGACUCGAGUCUCGCUGCGACUCGGGCCGGCGCGGACGUCUCGGGAGCGCCGAGCGCCCGGAGGCGGACGGCGGGCGCGGCUGCUCGGCGUCACCGCGCGGGGAGCGGGCCCGACACCGGGACGCCGCCGGUGCGGCCGGCUCGCCGCGCGGCCACCGGCACCGCCGCGACCCACCCGGCCACCGCGACCCGGCCGCCGGCAAACUGACGCCCCGCGGCGAUGGGUCGGUGCGCUCUCACUCGUCCUGCUCCAUCCGGGAGGCGGAUGACGUCACCAAGGAUGAUGACGCGGCGCCGGUGGUGACGUCACACAAGCGGCGAUGUCACGGCCUGGCAGAGGAGGCCGGUCCGCGGCCAGCCCACCGGAGCCGGGUCGAGUCGCCUCCGACCGGAGUGCGGGAGGCGGACAGCAGCACCAACCCCACCACCACUGGCGCCGGCUUCGACACCAACGUGCCGGCGGCGCUCUACACCAACCAGCCGUUCCCCAUCCCAGCGGACCAGCACCAGUACCUCCGACAGGCCCGGAGACUGAAGCGGGCAGCAGAUAACGAGGCAGACAUGACGCUCAAACUCAUCAGGUACACCCAGGCUGUCAUCUAUUUCCUGCUGACAGCUCUCUCCAUGGAGAAGGAGCACGAGGCGCACGACCCGGAGGGCGUGGCGUCCAUGCUACACGACACGCUCAAACUCAUCAAGGACAUGCUGCGCCUCUCGUCGGCAACCUACCGGAAGCAGGGCCGCCGGCCGACGGCCAUCGACGACAAGAUGCAGGCGCUGCUGCUGCGCUGCCAGGGCCUCAUCUACCUGCGCCUCUUCCGACUGCGCGAGACAGAGCUCAGGCGGCUGCAGCGGCAGAACGCCGAGAUGAAGGCGCAGAGCCUGUGUGAGCGACUGGCCGCUGACCCGAGCUGCGCCGUGCCAGUCGAGAUGUUCCGCGCCCUGCUCUGGUGUAACGAGCAGUACACUCACCUGCAGAACUCGCUCGACUACUGGGAGCAGGCCGAGAGGCAACUGCAGGCAGCCCAGGAGACCGCCCAGUUUUUCAGCGAGGUGGACUGCGCGAUGGGUGGUCUGGUGUCGACCAGCUCGCUGCUCAGCCUGGUCUACUACAUCCGGGAGACGACGCGCCGGCUGCAGGACAUGCACAGCCGGACCGGACCGUGACCGUGACCGGACCGUGACCACGGACCGCGGACCGCGGACCGGACCGUGACCGUGGACCGGACCGGACCGUGACCGUGACCGUGGACCGGACCGGACCGGGUCCUGACCGGACCGUGACCGUGGACCGGGCUGGACCACGGACUGGGCUGGACCACGGACCGGGCUGGACCACGGACCGGGCUGUGACCGGACCGGACCGUGACCGUGGACCGGACCACGGACCGGACCGUGACCGUGGACCGGACCGGACCGUGACCGCGGACCGGACCGGACCACGGACUGGGCUUCGACCGCGGACCGGGCUGUGACCGCGGACUGGGCUGGACCACGGACCGUGCUGUGACCGCGGACCGGGCUGUGACCGCGGACCGGGCUGGACCGGACCGCAGACCGGGCUGUGACAGCGGACCGGCGGCCGUUGGCCAGGCCGGCCGGCCGGUGGCUGAGGGAGCAUUGUGUGCCAUGGCCAGUGGCCGCUCUUCCAGUGCUCGGCGCUCGGUUCGCUGUGAGUCUGAGCCGCUGGCGCCCGCAGCUGUGCGCUGUGAGGUCUGAGCCACCCGCAGCUCUGCGCUGUGAGGUCUGAGCCGCCCGCAGCUGUGAGCUCUGCGCUGUGAGCUCUGUGUGCGCUGUCUGGUGACUCGUGUGCGCCGGCUGCUCUGCUGUUUGCCGGGAGCCGGAGCAGCUCUGGCAGGGCCCGGCUGGCUGCGGCGGGGCCUCCAACCGAGGGCGCGCCCGGUCAGCGCGCCUGACUCGUCUUUCACCACCGUCGGCUCCUUAGGGGCGCAGUGUAAUUGAAUCAAAACCGCACGGCCUGCUAGCUCUGCCGUACGACUCCACAAAACAUCUUUUCUCAACGUAAGUGCCAUGAUGUCUUUUAUAUUGUAACUGGCAUUGAAAGUGCGAGACGAUUUGACGAAGGGUGCCACUGCCGUGGGAGGUUUUAUCUGACGACUGCCGGCGCUGCGGAGCUCUGUUAUUUGGUGGGCGCCCGUCGGGUCUGCCCAGACUGGCCUCUGCAGUGAUGGAAUAUCCCGGCGCGUUGUGGCAGCGCCCCUCAGCACUGUGUUUGUGGCGUCGGGGGCGCUGUUUGUUUCCCCGCGUGCGCACCAUGUUUGUGUUGACUGACUGCGGUUCACUGCCCGUGCCAUAGACGUGCUGUGAUCCACAGCUGGCUCUUCUGGAAGCUCGAACCUCUGUGAAAGUGGCGUCUGUAUUUAUUUUUUUGGUGUGUGCGGCGCCGCACACCACUGAGGGUGGGUGCCCCCGCCCCGGCGGCGGGCCCGUAUUUUUACACGGUUCAUAACAUAUCCGUACGUCGAGUGUUUUACAGGCCCAGCUGCGGUGAGGCUGGGCACCAUGUGAGCCCGCGGGCCGAGCAGCCCUUUAUUACCAAUAUACACAUUACACAGA